AUGUCUCACCACGACGUCCAGACCACGCCUCUCUUCGCUCCUCUUCAGGGCGGCUGUGCCUGUGGAUACAUCCGGUAUUCCCUCAAUGCCGCGCCUCUCUUCGUCCACUGCUGCUACUGCACCUCCUGCCAGCGUGAGACCGGCACUGCCUUCGCCGUCAACGCCCUCGUCGAGGGCGACGAGGUGACUCUCCUCCCCAGCGCCCCAUCCGCCACGCUAUCUCAGCCGCUAGCAACGUUCCCUUCUUCAGUUCUAGACCAUUGGACCCCUAAGCAGUCCAGACCUGGCGGAAUCACGGCUGAUACCGACGAGGCGAAUGGCCAGACGGUCGAGACCAUAGGCUCGCCGGUUCUCCUCGCCGUUCCCACCGACUCAGGCGCACCUCAUAACAUAGCCCGCUGCCCUGCUUGCCUAACUGCCGUGUGGAGCAACUAUGGCGCAUGUCCCCUUCUCAAAUUCCUGCGCGUCGGCACCCUCGACUCUCCCGCCCUUCUCCGCGGUCCAGACGUCCACAUCUACGUGCGGAGCAAGCCGUCCUACAUCCAGAUCCCUGACGAUGGAAAGCCGCGAUUCGAUGCGUUCUAUCCCCAAAAGGAUGACGCCUGGGGCUCCGAAGUGGUUGUGAGGCGACAAAAGCUGUUCGGUCGGAUGAUGGCCUGGAGAAAGGAGGUGGCUGCUAGCGGGUAG